AUGAAACUUCUUAAAAAGCAGGAACAUUUGUGUCCAAGAAGGAAUCAGCAGAAGGCACGUUUCUAUCGACUUUCCUGUUUGACCCCCUGUCAAUCAAAGCACAGACACACAGAGCUGAUAGCUGCUGGCUCCGCCCACUCCUGUCUGUCCACUGACACAGAGCUGAUAACUGCUGGCUCUGUCCACUCAUGUCUUAUGUCCAUGACGCGCAGAGCUCCUUUAGUGAUGCGUCUCUUCGUUGUCCUCGCUCACGUUGCCAUGGUGACGGCGGUGCCCGGUUGUCUCAGUGACCGGGACAAAGACCAUCAGCUGCAGGAGAACUGUACCGCCGCCGGCUUUAGUGACGUGCCACCAGGAUUCAAACCAACAACCAAGGUUCUGCUGUUUCCCAGAAACCUAUUCUCCAGCCUGUCCUGGGUGUCCUUCCAGGUCUUCACAGAGAUCUAUGAGAUCGACUUGACUGGAAACCAGGUUCCAGAGGUGAUUCCCAGUGCAGUUCCAGUUCUGCACAGUCUCAAUGUCCUCCGUCUGGGACGGAACCGCCUCACGUCCCUCCCCAAUGGCUCCUUCACUGCCUGCCCCUCCCUCACCAAACUCUACCUGGACAAUAACGCCAUCGAGUCCCUGAGCGACCGCACGUUUGCGACCCUCAGCAAGCUAAAGAUCUUGGAUCUGUCGUCCAACCGUAUCAGGGUGCUUCCGCCCUUGUUGCUCCACCCCCUUCUUGUCAUAGAGACUUUGUACCUGGACAACAACAAGAUCGCAAUGAUGCCAGAUGAUUGGUUCGGUCAGAAGGAGGAGGUGCCAUAUCUCUACCUCUCAGCCAAUCCCUGGGCCUGCUCCUGUGACCUCACUUAUCUGAAUUAUUACAUCAAGGAAUAUGAAGAGAACGUGUACGUGAGAAAUGACUCCCUCAUCCAGAACUUGGCAGAGAGCGUGGUUUGUGAUUCUCCAAAAGAACACAGAGGAAAACCUGUAUCCAGUCUGAAUGAGUCCGACCUGUGCUUAGCGUCCAACUCGAGAGAAGACGCCAACCUGCUGACACAAACCCAGACGGAUGACGAUGGAGGUACGACUGUGCCACUUCUUCCCACCGCAGCUGUGCAUACGAGUCCUCCAGCGUCGACACAUGACAGCUCCACGACCACCGCGGUAACACACCAAGACACUGAACGUGUCGUCACAUGGUCCUUGCAGGAACUCUUCACCAGUCUCAUUGAAUGGUCCCAUCACUCAGGGUCAGAGGUCAGAGGAGAUACUGGUCCUCCUGUUGGAUCCACAGCUGAAAGCAUUGCUGAGGCCACACCAUCUCCAGGUGGUACGUCACUGCCCACAGGGACCGAUCAUGUUCCAACAUCAAGAGUCGGCCUCCUGACGAUGACCCCUGCUGCAGAGGUCGGCGUCCUGACGCCGGCCUCUGCAGCAGGGGUCACCUCCAUGUUGGCACCUUCUACAGCGGUCACAGCACCUGAUGGUGGUCGGCGACAUGUGGCGGUUGUGGGCGCCUCAGGAGCAUGCACGUUGGUGACUAUGAUUAUGUUGGUUUUCUGGAACAGGAACAUGGCGAGGAAGAGGAGAGGGAGACAAAGAGGUGAGGGAGUGAAGCUUUUGGUGUACAACCCUAGGGACAAAAAGGAGGUGCAGCAGGAGGUGACAGCAGGAGAAGCGGUGAUGCUGUACCGCUCUGUACUCUUUGUCCAUAGGGAGGGGGAAGGAAGAGGAGGAGAACAAUAUCAUAUAAGCUUGGAGCCAGCAGGAGAAGGAGAAAAAGGGAGGGACGAGAAGCGAGUGUACAAGAAGACAAUAUACAGAGUGUUAAACCAACAGGAGGAGGUGAUGGAGGAGUGUCCCCUCGCUGCAGGAGGAGGAGCUACUUCUAGGAGGUGCUACAGUGUUAUUUUGAGGGAGGAGAGAGAGGAGGCAGGGGAGCAGAGGGAGGCACUGGAUUGGGUGGUUGGGGGUUGGGAAGUGACAGGAGGCAGGAGGAGGUGGGAGGAGGGAGAGCUGAGGAGCAGCUGGGGGGAGUGGUUUGCUCACUACUUACCCAGCAUGCCCUGGACUGUGACCGCUCCUUCUGAGCGUGGAGCUGCAAAGUGA